GCAAAUGGACGAAAUGUAACAGCUGAUCUCAAUGAAGCAUAUGCUAGAUUAGAAGCUGCCCAAGAAUACGAGGACGCUCUGGCCGACGACAAAAAUCAGAACAAUGGAAAUGAUAUAAAUAAGAAAGUGGCAUUACGGCUAGGUGGUUGGGAUGCAAAGUCGAUUUAUGAGAAUGCAGCUGAGUAUUUUGAUUACGAUUUCGAAUUUGGAGUGAGGUCGGAGUUUACUUCUUUAAAGCAUGGUGUUCUUACCAGGGCUACGGUGUUUCAAGACGAAGAUUACCGGAUCGUUGACCAGAGAGGCUUUGUUCAUAUAGUCCAGGCUACCGCGGAUGAAUUUCUGAACCCGGAUGGAUCUCAAUUAAGAUUGAAUGAACGAGUUACCCAAAUCGAUACACCUGGAAAUAGAGUUAUGGUGACGCUUGCUUCAGGGGCGACGAUUGAAGCCGAAUAUGCUAUAACGACAUUUAGUAUCGGUGCCAUGCAAAGUGGAAACAUUACGUAUAAUCCACCGCUUGUGUACGAAAAGUCAGAAGCAAUUAAUCAUUUCAAAAUGGCGCGCUAUACAAAAAUAUUUUUGAAAUUUCCUACACAAUUUUGGGAUGAAACAGAGUUUAUAAUUCACACAUCCAAAAGAAAUGGCUUCUAUACAAUUUGGGAAAAUUUGAACCACAAUAA